AUGGCUCGAACAACAUGGCUCCUUCCAAUCGUGGCUGCGAUGGACCUCAUCGGCUCCGCUCAAGCCGCUCGAGCCCAUUUCAUCUUGGAUCUGACCUGGCAGAGGGGAUCGCCCAAUGGGGUUGAACGGGAAAUGAUUUUCGUAAAUGAUCAGUUUCCCGGGCCUACAUUAAUGAUUGAUGAAGGAGACGAAGUCUUUAUCGAAGUGAAUAACCACAUGCCAUUCAACACAUCCGUCCAUUUCCAUGGCAUUGAACAAAAGAACACACCAUGGGCUGACGGAGUAUCCGGUCUCUCGCAAUGGGCCGUCCUUCCUGGUCAAACAUACACAUACAAAUGGAACGCUACUCAGUAUGGAACUUACUGGUAUCACUCGCACGACAAAUCAAGAAUCAUGGAUGGCUUGUAUGGGGCGAUAUAUAUCCGACCUUCGCCCGACCGCGACUCUCCAUUUUCGUUGAUAUCCAAUGAUCCGGCUGAUAUCGAGGCCAUGGAAAGGGCAAGAAAUGAUCCCCAGAUCGUGACUCUCUCCGACUGGGACCACCUUACUUCAGAUGCCUAUAUGCAAGCCGAAAGAGAGUCUGGCUAUGAUAUAUUCUGCUCCGAUAGUGUUUUGAUUAAUGGUCAGGGAUCAGUCAUCUGUAAAGACCCGGAAGAAUUGACCAACCUACAAGCGCCCCAAGUUAAAGCAGUGGUCAAUGCUACGCUAACUGACAAAGGAUGCGAUCCAAACCUGCUCGUUUUGCAAGGUGAUUGGGAGCACCACCCAGAGAAACUGCCAGGUGGCUUAAACGCCGGAUGUGUCCCAAGUGAAGGCCCACCCUCCACUUUCGAUGUUGACCCAGAGGCAAAAUGGGCUAGCUUCAAUUUCAUCGGUGCUGCCGCCCUCAAAGCCCUUGUUGUAUCGAUUGAUGAGCAUCCGAUGUAUGUUUACGAAGUGGAUGGGCGAUAUAUUGAGCCGCAACUAGCUCAUAUGGUGCCACUCUACAACGGACAAAGAUACUCUGUCAUGGUGCGACUCGAUCAAGACCCAGCGACUUAUCAAAUGCGAGUGGCUGGAAAUGGAAACCAGGUCAUUUCGGGCUUUGCAACGAUCAACUACAAAGGCGGCGAGAACAGCAAGCGUGAAUCAGUGGCCUACAUCGACUAUGGAGGUCAAAAUACGACAGCUUCAGUGAUACCACUCAACGACACCAAUCUUCCUCCGUACCCAGAGAUUCAACCGGCUACUUAUGCGGAUGAAUUCCAUCUCCUGAAGCUUGGACGAAUUAAUUCAUCUUGGGAGUGGACUUUGGACGGCACUACCUUUCUCCCCGCGAACCUUGGCUCCAUGGAGCCAGCUCUUCUCAACCCACAUUCAAAGGACCUGGAUUCCGCUCUCAAGAUCGAGACCAAGAAUAAUACGUGGGUUGACAUUGUAUUCCAGCUCGUGAUUCCACCGCCAACUUUACUUCAACCACCUCACCCAAUUCACAAGCAUUCAAACAAAGCAUUCUUGAUCGGCUCUGGCUUCGGAGAUUUCACCUGGAGCUCUAUUGACGAGGCCGUCCGCGAUUCACCAGGAAGCUUCUACGAUACUCCCAUCUACCGCGAUACAUUCACCACUUCCCCGGCUGGCGAAGCUUGGAUUGCAGUCCGUUACCAUGUCGAAAACCCAGGUGCUUUCCUACUGCAUUGCCAUAUGGAAACGCAUCUUGCUGGGGGAAUGGGCAUGAUAUUGAUGGAUGGGGUGGAUGUUUGGCCGAAGGUUGAAUUGCCGAAGUGA